GACAUCAACACUUCCGCGUCUCACGUGGUUGUACAUGACGGAAACACAUCAGCAUUUCGCUGUUGCACAAGUCAAUAUAAAGAGUUGAUUAAGUGUCCUAGCUUUCACUUUUCUGUAUUGGAAUUCUCGAUGUGUUUUGAAGUGAUUUUCCAUUGACAGGCCCACGGAUGCUUAAACACACACACAAGAAUGCCGGAAUGUAGAUUGUUUUGUAGGCGUGUCACAUACGUAUUGUCAUUUCUGACCUGAAUCUUUUAUUGUGGGUGUCUGUAUGAGAAUGUAUUACGGUCACGUGACACUGUGCGGGGUACCUACCCACCUUCUUCACACACGGUCACCUGGAGCUAAAAACAGCUAAUGUCAACUUACGUUUACAAACAUAGCGACGAAGAGUGUCUGAACGCUUGGGCUCGCUAUCAUAGUGUUCAUGUGACGGAUAUCGGGGAUAUUGUAAGCAAGAUACAUUGAACACUAUUCUUAGGACUUACGGAAACUCAUAGUUGCUCAAAGUGAAACUACAGAGUUCCGUAGUUUGGGCAUGAAUCGUAACGUUGAAUCGCAGGGAUCGUUUGAUUUUUUAAGUCGUUUACAACUGAUUCCUAAACGUGGGAUGUUCAUCGUUGUUCGUGUAUCAGGGAUAUAUUACACCUUCUGAAACACGGAUCACAAAAAUUAGAUGUGAUUACCUUCGCCAAGUACUGACUUCGUGGAGUGACUAUGGUGGAACUGGCCAGGAAUUAUCUCCUUGUCGGCCUCUGUGCACUUGGCUUGCUUCAUGUCACACGGGGUUUGCGUCUUGGAGCCUUUAAUCUGAAAAUAUUCGGAACAUCCAAGGCAUCUAAGCCCGAUGUUGUAGAAACAAUCGCCAAGAUUAUAUCUCGGUAUGACAUCAUCCUGUUGAUGGAGAUCCGCGACAUAACGGGGACGGCCGCAUCAGUGCUACAGGAGAAACUGCAAAAACAUAAAGAUGUAACGUCAGUAUAUGGCUUUGAAAUCAGCGAUCGUCUUGGGCGAACGAAGAGCAAAGAGGAGUAUGUUUUCAUUUACAGGAAGGACAGGGGCAUCAGCGUUGUCGACAAGUACCAUUACGACGAUGGAGACGAGGCAACGAAAGAAGAUACAUUUGAAAGAGAACCCUUCAUUGUUCGGUUCAAUAGCAAUAGAACAGUGGUUCCCGACUUCUCGCUCGUGGCCAUCCACACCAACCCCACCAAGGCGCUGGGAGAGAUCAAGUCACUCCUCGAUGUGUAUCACGACGUCAAGCAGAGAUGGAAGACCAAUGACGUCAUUAUCCUAGGUGACCUCAAUGCUGAUUGCACUUACGUACGCAAAUCUCAUUGGCCAACGAUUGAUAUACGUAACCAGCCGGAAUUCUACUGGCCAAUCGGAGACGAGGUGGAUACAACUGUCACCGACACAGACUGCGCUUAUGACCGGUUCAUAAUAGCAGGAACCAGACUCAGAAACAGCGUGUUAAACAACAGUGUCGGUAUUUACAACUUCCAGAAGCAAUACAAGCUGUCGAAAGAGCAGGCCCUGAACGUGAGUGACCACUUCCCUAUAGAGCUGGAGUUGAAGGAGAAGCUGGCAGUCGGUGAGGGAGCCAACACGACCUUCAACAUGGCAGUAGUUGUACUCUCAACCCUGUUUGUUGCCAAGAUGUGCCUAUGUUGAAACACAUAUCGAACACGAAACAUCCUCCGUGUCCUUAUCACUGUGAUACAGAUUAAUAUGUGAACAUUUGAUUCUGUUGGAGAUUUAACGAGCGCUUCUGAUGGAUCCGAUUCCGCACCAGGAUUGUUGGCUGUGAUUAUCCCCUUGUGGCAGAGAAAGGGAAUGGGAUAUGACACGACAAUGUGAAACAAACAUACCCUUGUUACAUGCGCCAUGUCCCAAGACGAUCGUUGUGGGUACUCCUGGUCAGCAUGGCUCCCCCGUUUACCAUGUUUUUGGAAACAGCCGACUGUUUUGUGACCCUGCUGAUUAUGUGUCAUCGCACAAUACUGCGUGUAUUGUUGCUCAUACUAUUAACAACUGGUUAAGACUCAGGCUCAAAGGCCGCCAUGACUAAUCUUGACUAAUGCUGACUUUCUUAUAAAAGAAAUUGUACGAACUUACAAUUCCACUAACGAAAGUGCAAUGGAUAUAUACCACACGAUGUUACUCAGGUACCCUUUGUGUACUAACCGAUUAAUGAUAUACUGGUAUACUGAAUUUGGAAGAUUUUAUUUUUUGCAUAUUAAAUAAAUCAGAUUUUCUAAAAUACUUAAAGGGGACGUUUCAUUCAGCUAUUAGUUAUUUCUUGUCAGUGUUCCAAUGUCUUUUUAAUAGAGUGCAAUUUUAAUGCCAUGGCAAUUGUACCAGGAUGUUUAUUACACAAAAGGGGCGAUGGGGUCGU